AGAUCAGACAGAGAAAGAGAUAGAGAGACAGACAGGGAGCGAUUAAGAGAGAGAGAGAGAGAGAGAGAGAGAGAGAGAGAUGGAGAACGGUAAAUGCAACGGAGGUGCGACGGCGAAGUUACCGGAGAUCAAGUUCACCAAGCUUUUCAUCAACGGCCAGUUCGUCGAUGCUGCCUCAGGUAAAACGUUUGAGACGAUAGACCCAAGGAACGGUGAAGCGAUCGCUCAAAUAGCAGAAGGAGACAAAGAAGACGUUGACUUGGCCGUUAACGCUGCACGUCAAGCCUUCGAUCAUGGCCCUUGGCCUCGCAUGUCUGGCUUCGAAAGGGCAAAGAUUAUCAACAAAUUCACUGACUUAAUAGAGCAAAACAUCGAAGAACUGGCUGCACUUGAUGCCGUCGACGGCGGAAAACUGUUCCAAUUGGGGAAAUUAAAUGACAUUCCGGCCGCAGCCGGACAUUUCCGGUAUUAUGCGGGGGCAGCGGAUAAAAUCCACGGCGAGACUCUUAGAAUGACUCGUCGGUCUAUGUUCGGAUACACUCUUAAAGAGCCUAUUGGAGUAGUCGGUCACAUCAUCCCUUGGAACUUCCCAAGCAUUAUGUUUGCCAUGAAAGUGGCUCCAGCUUUGGCUGCUGGUUGCACCAUGGUGGUCAAGCCAGCUGAGCAGACUCCACUAUCUGCUCUCUUUUAUGCUCAUCUCUCUAAAGAAGCAGGGAUCCCUGAUGGUGUGAUCAACGUGGUGACUGGUUUUGGAUCAACUGCUGGAGCAGCCAUUGCCUCCCAUAUGGACAUAGACAAAGUUAGUUUCACGGGAUCAACAGAUGUUGGGAGGAAGAUAAUGCAAGCCGCAGCCGCGAGUAAUCUCAAGAAAGUUUCCCUCGAAUUGGGCGGAAAAUCGCCUCUUCUCAUAUUCGAUGAUGCUGAUGUGAACAAAGCUGCUGAUCUUGCGCUCAUCGGUUGCUUCUACAACAAGGGUGAGAUUUGUGUGGCGAGCUCUCGUGUGUUUGUGCAAGAAGGUAUAUACGAUAAGGUUGUGACCAAGUUAGUGGAGAAAGCUAAAGAUUGGACCGUUGGUGACCCUUUUGAUUCCACUUCUCGACAAGGACCUCAAGUGGAUAGGAAACAAUAUGAGAAGAUUCUUUCUUAUAUUGAGCAUGGCAAAAAAGAAGGAGCAACCUUGUUAACCGGAGGGAAAGCCAUUGGAGACAAAGGAUAUUAUAUCGAACCAACAAUUUUCGCAGAUGUCACGGACGAGAUGAAGAUAUACAAAGAGGAAAUCUUUGGACCAGUCAUGUCUUUGAUGAAAUUCAAGACGGUAGAGGAAGGAAUCAAAUGCGCAAACAACACAAAAUACGGUUUAGCAGCAGGAAUAGUGAGCCAAAACAUAGACUUGAUCAACACGGUUUCGAGAUCAAUCAAAGCAGGAGUCAUUUGGGUUAAUUGUUACUUCGCAUUUGACCUCGACUCUCCUUACGGUGGCUACAAAAUGAGUGGUAAUUGCCGUGAGAGUGGCAUGGACGCUCUCGACAGUUAUCUUCAAGUCAAAUCCAUCGCUAUGCCUCUUCACAAUUCCCCUUGGAUGUAAAAAAUUUCUAUACAAAUACAAAUUUAAAUCAACAAUAAAAAUAAGGCUUUGUAGUUUUUUUUGUGAAAGAACGCUUUGUAGUUUGUUACUCGUUUUUCGUUUUGUGAGACCACAAGAGUUUUUGUAAUUUUUCACAAUCGUAUGUGUAAUACGAAAAGUAAUACGACGUCGAUAAAUUGUUUUUUCA